ACUUUAGGUAAGAAUAUGAAAACUCAACCACACUUGAGCAGGAUGAACCGGGAGGAAUUGGAGGACAGUUUCUUUCGACUUCGUGAAGAUCACAUGUUGGUGAAGGAGCUUUCUUGGAAGCAACAGGAUGAGAUCAAAAGGCUGAGGACGACCUUGCUGCGGUUGACCGCUGCUGGCCGGGACUUGCGGGUCGCGGAGACGGCGGCGCCGCUAACGGAGACCACAAGGCGCGGGCAGAACGCAGGGUGGCGGCAGCGCCUCUCCAUGCACCAGCGCCCCCAGAUGCACCGACUGCAAGGGCAGUUGCACCGCCUCGGCUCCGCUGGCCCCCGCCGCGCCCAGCCUCGCGUCCACGUGGGACACAGACAGCUCCACACAGCCGGUGCACCGGUGUCGGAGAAACCCAAAAGGGGGCCAAGGGACAGGCUGAGCUACACAGCCCCUCCAUCGUUUAAGGAGCAUGCGACAAAUGAAAACGGAGGUGAAAUAGCCAGUGAACACAGCGAACUUGCCCACACCAUGGCCAGCAAUACCAUGCAAGUGGAAGAGCCACUCAAGUCUCCUGAGAAAAUGUGGCCUAAAGAUGAAAAUUUUGAACAGAGAAGCUCAUUGGAGUGUGCUCAGAAGGCUGCAGAGCUUCGAGCUUCCAUUAAAGAGAAGGUAGAGCUGAUUCGACUUAAGAAGCUCUUACAUGAAAGAAAUGCCUCAUUGGUUAUGACAAAAGCACAAUUAACAGAAGUUCAAGAGGCAUACGAAACCUUGCUCCAGAAGAAUCAGGGAAUCCUGAGUGCAGCCCAUGAGGCCCUCCUCAACCAAGUGAAUGAGCUCAGGGCAGAGCUGAAGGAAGAAAGCAAGAAGGCUAUGAGCUUGAAGAGCCAACUGGAAGAUGUGUCUAUCUUGCAGAUGACUCUGAAGGAGUUUCAGGAGAGAGUUGAAGAUUUGGAAACAGAACGAAAAUUGCUGAAUGACAAUUAUGACAAACUCUUAGAAAACAUGCUGGACAGCAGUAGUCAGCCCCACUGGAGCAACGAGCUCAUAGCAGAACAGCUGCAGCAGCAAGUCUCUCAGCUGCAGGAUCAGUUGGAUGCUGAGCUGGAGGAGAAAAGAAAAGUUUUACUUGAUCUGUCCAGGGAGAAAGCCCAAAAUGAGGAUCUGAAGCUUGAAGUCACCAACAUACUUCAGAAGCAUAAACAGGAAGUAGAGCUCCUCCAAAAGGCAGCCACAAUUUCCCAACCUCCUGACAGCCAAUCUGAAGCAGCCACUCACCCAGCUGUGUUCCAAGAGAAUACUCAGAUCCAGCCAAGUGAACCCAACAACCAAGAAGAAAAGAAACUGUCCCAGGUGCUAAAUGAGUUGCAAGUAUCACAUGCAGAGACCACACUGGAACUAGAAAAGACCAGGGACAUGCUUAUUCUGCAGCGCAAAAUCAACGUGUGUUAUCAGGAGGAACUGGAGGCAAUGAUGACAAAAGCUGACAAUGAUAAUAGAGAUCACAAAGAAAAGCUGGAGAGGUUGACUCGAUUACUAGACCUCAAGAAUAACCGUAUCAAGCAGCUGGAAGGUAUUUUAAGAAGCCAUGACCUUCCAACAUCUGAACAGCUCAAAGAUGUUGCUUAUGGCACCCGACAGUUGUCAUUAUGUUUGGAAACACUGCCAGCCCAUGGAGAUGAGGAUAAAGUGGAUAUUUCUCUGCUGCAUCAGGGUGAGAAUCUUUUUGAACUGCACAUCCACCAGGCCUUCCUGACAUCUGCCGCCCUAGCUCAAGCUGGAGAUACCCAACCUACCACUUUCUGCACCUAUUCCUUCUAUGACUUUGAAACCCACUGUACCCCGUUAUCUGUGGGGCCACAGCCCCUCUAUGACUUCACCUCCCAGUAUGUGAUGGAGACAGAUUCCCUUUUCUUACACUACCUUCAAGAGGCUUCAGCCCGGCUUGAUCUACACCAGGCUGUGGCCAGUGAACACAACACUCUUGCUGCAGGAUGGAUUUGCUUUGACAGGGUGCUAGAGACUGUGGAGAAAGUCCAUGGCUUGGCCACACUGAUUGGAGCUGGUGGAGAAGAGUUCGGGGUUCUAGAGUACUGGAUGAGGCUGCGUUUCCCCAUAAAACCCAGCCUACAGGCAUGCAAUAAACGAAAGAAAGCCCAGGUCUACCUGUCAACCAAUGUGCUUGGAGGCCGGAAGGCCCAGGAAGAUGAGUUCAGAUUGGAGUCUUGGGAACCUCAGAACGAGCUGCAGAUUGAAAUCACCAAGUGCUGUGGCCUCCGGAGUCGAUGGCUGGGAACUCAACCCAGUCCAUAUGCUGUGUACCGCUUCUUCACCUUUUCUGACCAUGACACUGCCAUCAUUCCAGCUAGUAACAACCCCUACUUUAGAGACCAGGCUCGAUUCCCGGUGCUUGUGACCUCUGACCUGGACCAAUAUCUGAGACGGGAGGCCCUGUCUAUACAUGUUUUUGAUGAUGAAGACUUAGAGCCUGGCUCAUAUCUUGGCCGAGCCCAAGUGCCUUUACUGCCUCUUGCAAAAAAUGAAUCUAUCAAAGGUGAUUUUAACCUCACUGACCCUGCAGAGAAACCCAACGGGUCUAUUCAAGUGCAACUGGAUUGGAAGUUUCCCUACAUACCCCCUGAGAGUUUCCUGAAACCAGAAGCUCAGACUAAGGGGAAGGAUACCAAGGACAGUUCAAAGAUCUCAUCUGAAGAGGAAAAGGCUUCAUUUCCUUCCCAGGACCAGAUGGUACCUCCUGGGGUUCCCGUUGAAGCUGGUCAGUAUCAAGCAAGGAGAAAAUCUCCUCAUGGGGGAGAAAGAAAGGAAAAGGAGCACCAGGUUGUGAGCUACUCAAGAAGAAAACAUGGCAAAAGAAUAGGCGUUCAAGGGAAGAAUAGAAUGGAGUAUCUUAGCCUUAACGUCUUAAAUGGAAAUACACCAGAGCAGGUGAAUUACACUGAGUGGAAGUUCUCAGAGGCUUACAGUUCCAUAGGUGAUGGCUUUAAAAAUGAGCCAGAGGAAGAGGAAAUGACAUUAUCCCAUUCAGCACUGAAACAGAAGGAACCUCUACAUCCUGUAAAUGAUAAAGAAUCCUCUGAACAAGGUUCAGAAGUCAGUGAAGCACAAACUACAGAUAGUGAUGACGUCAUAGUGCCACCCAUGUCUCAGAAAUAUAAGGCAGAUUCAGAGAAGAUGUGCAUUGAAAUUGUCUCCCUGGCCUUCUACCCAGAGGCAGAAGUAAUGUCUGAUGAGAACAUAAAACAGGUGUACGUGGAGUACAAAUUCUACGACCUACCCUUGUCGGAGACAGAGACUCCAGUAUCCCUAAGGAAGCCUAGGGCAGGAGAAGAAAUCUACUUUCACUUUAGCAAGGUAAUAGACCUGGACCCACAGGAGCAGCAAGACCGAAGGCAGUUUCUGUUCGACGUGCUGACUGGACAAGAUCCUGAUCAAGGACAUUUAAAGUUUACAGUGGUAAGUGAUCCUCUGGAUGAAGAAAAGAAAGAAUGUGAAGAAGUAGGAUAUGCGUAUCUUAAACUGUGGCAGAUCCUGGAGUCAGGAAGAGAUAUUCUAGAGCAAGAGCUAGACAUUGUUAGCCCUGAAGAUCUGGCUACCCCAAUAGGAAGGCUGAAGGUUUCCCUUCAAGCAGCUGCUGUCCUCCAUGCUAUUUACAAGGAGAUGACUGAAGAUUUGUUUUCAUGAAGGAACAAGUGCUAUUCCAAUCUAAAAGUCUCUGAGGGAACCACAGUAAAAAGUCUUAUAAAGUUAACUUGCUAUAACAUGAA